AUGAAGCAAUCCAUGAAACAUUCCCCAGAGCAACAAGAAGAGUGUGUUGCCAGCACUUGUACACAAACUGCAAGGCCAAAGGAUUCAGUGGUUCAACCUUCCAUAAGCUUUUCUAGAUUGCAGCAGAUGUAUAUAAUGAAAUCAUUCAACUCAUGCACACAACCCUACAGAGAUCUCCCUGUUCUGAGAUUACUUGAAGCAAUAAGGCAAUGGGCAAUGAAGAGGAUUGGCUCAAGGUUUGACAAAGAUAUGGGCAAGGGGGAUAUGGACCUAACUGAGUAUGCCACAAAGAUUCUGCAAGCAAGAUUAGAUGAGUCUAGGCUUUGCUAUGCAACCCCUUGUGGUGGUGAUGAAUUUGAGGUUAGAGACCAACAUGUGCAUUUUCCCAUAAAGCUAACCAGAGGCACUUGUGGAUGUGGGAAGUGGCAACAUUCAGGGAUCCCUUGCAAACAUGUGCUAAGGGUUAUAUAUCACCAGAGGCUACAACCUACAGACUUUGUAGCUCCUUGCUUCAAAGGGAAGGCAUACAAGCUUACUUACGUAGAGCAUAUGCACCCAAUGCCUGACCCAAGUCAUUGGCCAUCAGUCAACCUUCCUGAGAUAUUACCACCAAUGGUAAAAAGAUCUGCAGGAAGACCAAAAAAGCAAAGAAAAAGAGGGCUAAAUAAAGCUAGAAAAGGGAAGAGGCACUCUACAGUUAAGUGCAGCUUAUGUGGUGAAUUGGGGCACAACAUGUUGACUUGUGCAUCUAGGAAAAAAACCUCAACAACUGAAGCAACCACAUCAAAGGUCACCUCUCAUCCCAAGAAGAAAUCAAAGAAAGCAGCAGCAUGA